AAAAAGGGGGCGUGGAUAAGAACUGUUCCAAGAUGGCGGGGGGAUCGGCGAGCGAUUCCUUGACCUACUGUGUAUCCCAACUGUCGCAAAGAACCGAUCCGGUGGGGAUAAGCCGUUCUCUCGUUGCUAUCCGCACCAAACACAUCAAAGGGCCCGAUGGCAUUGCCCGAUUUCGCACAAAGGGUGGGCUGCGACCAUUGCUUGCACUGUUGCAGGCGUCUCACGCCCGGAAGGCCUUGGACUUGUCACUCAGCAUUUUGGCUAAUUGCUGUACCGAGGGGGAGUCACGUAUUGAGGUUCGUAAGCUUGGAGGCAUACCCCCACUCGUGACCAUCCUGAAGUCUCUUAGUGUUGAAAGUAUCCAGAAUCGGACAGCAAGGGCACUAGGUAACUUGGCCAUAGACAGUGAGAAUUCUAAUGUCAUUCAUGAGGCAGGGGCAGUGACUUACCUGGUGGAAGUGCUCAGGACUUCAAAAAACAGCGAGUGCCUUCAGAGUGUGAUCCGAGCUAUUCGAAAUCUGGCCGAUACUGCUGCUCACCGCCAGAAUAUCACUUCUCAGGGUGCCAUUAAGCCAAUUGUUGAACAUUUAAGCUCUGACGACCAUAACUUGGUAGCAGCAAGUGUGCGAGCUGUUGCCCAGCUAACAAAAGCUUGUAGCAUUGACUGUGCUGAGCAACUGUCAGUAGCUGAUGGUGUCAGCAAGCUUGUGUCCCUUGUGGGCCAUGAAAAGAAAGCAUUCCACAAUGGUGCACUCACAGCUCUGGGGAACAUAUGUGUUCUAGGCUUUAUUCGUCCAACUCUGGGCAGUGCUGGUGGGAUCAAGUGCUUUAUGGAUGAAAUUAAAUCCCUACCAGCAGACCAGACAUCCCAGCUGUACAUUCGAGCACUGUGCUUUUGCUGCCGUGAAGCAAUCAACCGUCUGCGAGUAAGGGAGAUGGGUGGACUUGAACUACUGCUGUCUCUUUUGAAAGAUGAACGGUACAACUUUUCUCAUGCUCGGAUCAUUGCUGCCCUCCUGCAUUUUGUUUAUGAUGAAGUCGCAGUUGAGUACUUACAGAGUAAUGGCCUAAUUCCAUUGUUGGUUUCCAAAUUGGUGGCUUUGGUGAAAAUAGGAAAGCAGGGUAGCAGAACAGUGGAAGAGGAGGAGCAAGAAGAUGAACGUUACGCUGCUUCGUGUGACUUCCCAACAGAGUACAACAGAAGGCCAGACCCAGAUCAGCAGAAUGCAGAGUCUUCAAGUUUCCAGAGCCUCAGGUCUUGGCUCCUGUCAGAGGGCUACAUUGCAAGUCCUGGAGAUGUUUCUCCACAGUGGUCUCCAGAAUCCCCAGAGGCAGAUGGGACUACGCGAGCUUUCAGCCCUGUACUUCAGGAAGAAACAUCUUGCACAGCUAGGGACUUGCCUUUGGAAGAACAGACGGAGUCCAGAGCUGAUCUGGCAGGAGAACAGAACCACGAAGAUGCAAGCAUUGUUCCCAUGGAGGUGUCAUCUGUGACAGAGCUUGGCAACAUGAGGUCUCCUUCAACUGGUUUGGAGUGUGACCAGCCUAUGGAUGUGUCCCCUGAUGAUGCAUCUCUUGAGGUGAAUACUAGUGACUUGCCAUUCCCUAGUGCUUCAGAGAGUAGAGUAUCUGAGACUGGGCAGUUGCUCGAACACACAUCCCCUAUUCCAGAGUCACGGACUGUUUUUUGCAGGCGUCGUAAAAUAAAAUCCCGCUCCAUUUCUGUUGCUUGUGAUGGACCUCCAAAUUUUGCUGAAGCAUUGACGUCAACACCAUUCACAAACCGUUCUUCCAGGUCCAGCAUCGAAUCUAUUUCAGGUGACUUGGUAACUGGCCCUCUUCAGGAAAUCCUGUCUGCUGCAGACAUGCCAUCCUUAUGCUCAGCUCCUCGGCAGGAGGAGUUCUGGGGCCCAGAAGCCCCUGUCUUGUUUUUGCUGUCACGGUUUUCACAAGUCCUGGACCCUAGCAGCUUAGUCACUGAGCAUACUCUUCAGGGGCUGCUGACAUAUGUCACUUUAGCAACUGAUCCCAACUUGUGUUGUCUUCGUCUCCUUGAUCGGCUGUCAUGCAACCCUAACUGCCUGGAAGCAUUCAUCCGCAUCAGUGGGGUAUCCUGUAUCCGAAUGCGACUGAUUCACGGCAUCCACCCAGGGUGCUUAAAGGAGUCUGAAGAAGCAAAUGUCGAUUGUGUUGCUAGUCCCGGACCUGAAGAUGGUAACAAAACACAUGACUUUCCAAUGGGAAUCAAGUGGACUGGCAGUAAAAGGCUUGGUGAGUCACUGAUACGAAAUCUGACUGUGCAGGCUGAGUCUUCCUUUGGGUCUGGAGUCCUUAACCACAUGCUGCUGUCAGGCGUGGAGGCAGAUCGUAUUGCCUGCUCUGUUGCUUUGCCAUUUAUUUGUAGGAAAGUAUCUGUUUGCAGAAAACUGCUGGUCGAUCAAGGAGGUCUGCGCAGCUUGCUGGCAUUUCUUGUGAGAAGCAGGGAUCCACUCCAUGUGUAUAUGGGAUUGGACUCCAUUACGGCUCUGGUUGGAUCCCCUCAGGAACUAUCUACUCAUCUCAUGAGUGAAGGUCAGAUCCGUGAUACAAUUUGUGUUACUGUUUCUUGGGCAGAUUUCGCAACUAAUCCUGCAAAACGUGCCAAGAUUGAUGCUGAACUUUUAGAAAACAUUUCUCGAAAUGUGGGCUGUAUAUACCAGCAGCUGGAUCCAGGUGGAAAAAUGGAUGUUCAGUUUGUUCUGGACAGUGGACAUGUUGUAAAGGCAGUUCGUCGAGAAGUAGCCUGCAGCUCUGAUGUCUUUGGUGCUAUGCUAGAAGGGGACUAUUUGGAAGCUCAGCAGACAGCUGUGCGCAUCUGCGGAGUGUCUGAUACAGCAUUUACUGCUUUAAUGCAUUUCUUGCAUGGUUGCAGAAGGCAUUCCUGUCCUGUCAUGAAUGAAUUGGAAAAGCUCUCCACAAAUACAGACUUUGAGAACUCUGUGCUUCAGCAGACGCUCUCUGCUGCUAGCCAGUUCUUGCUUCACGAACUUCAGAGUAUCCUAGAAGAUAUUGUUUGUGAAAACUACCUCAAUUUAGACAAUAUGCCCGCUGUGUACUGUUUCUCAGAGCUUCAUAACUACAGUGGACUCCGUGUGAAAUGCCUUAAGUACUUGGUAAAAGGAAGACGCAGUGUGUUGGAGAAGAGCAGAAGCCUCUUACAGCUGAUUCAGGCAACUGGCAAUGAACAGGGGCUAACAGACGCAUUGCAUUCAGUAGUUCUUGACUCCUGUAUUAUUUUCCCAGCACAAGUGAAAUUCUGAUGUCUUGAGAGUAUAAGAACUCUGUAACUUACUAUGACCAAAGGAUAAGACUGGAUUAAUUUGUGCGACUGUGGAGUUUGAAAAUGUGUACAUAUCCAUGAGUUAUGUAUAAGUGGGAAGCACUUUGCUGGCUGAAGUAGCCUAACUUAUUCUGUUUCUGUAACAAUUUUUAAAAUGACUGUUGUACAGGCGAUGACAUGCUGAUGUUUAAUUACUUUGCUUUAUCACCACUUCGACCAGAUCAGCUGCUUGGACUUCUAUUUUUGUGAUUUGGUCUUGUAGUCUCAGGUUAACAUUAGAAUAACUUCAUCACCUGCCCUGGGGGAUGGUUCUCAAAAAAGAAAUAUAAGAAAAAUUGGUAAAUGGUGUGUUUUUAUUUUAGCUAAACUGUUCUGUAUAGUUUCUUGUAGUAUUUGAAAGGCCAGUAUUUAAACUCUUAAGCUUAAUCUCAUUUUUCCCCCCAUAAUCCUUCCUGGUCCACCCAGUUUUGUAGAAGCAUAAUAAGCAGGGUCCCACCUUAGCUGAUCACAUGCCUAUAGUCAUGUGCUGGGGGCAGGUAUGGUGUUGAGUCCUGGAGAUAGCUCUGCCGUCCCCGUUUUCUUUGUUUCAGUUGUGACGACUCCGAAACUACUUGUGCCUGUGCUGCUUGGCAUGUAUGUUGUCCUCUGGAGCUUGUCGUGGGUUUUGCACUGUCUAGUUUUCCUGUAUGACCUGUUCCCAUGCAGACUAUGCAGACUUGUUCAUGAGAAUUUUUAUUUCUGCUACACUAUUUCUUUAUUUAAUGUUAUACUGACUGACUUCCAUUGAGCCUAUGACAAGGAUUCUAAGAGGUGCUUUUUUUCCAGGGGCUUCUGCCUUGAAGCAUGAGUUUAUGCACUUAUUGCCAGGAGGACGUCUGCGAAAAGUCUGCAGUUACUGAGCUAGAAGCACACGCAGUGCCGUGGCUUAUGUAUGUACCUGCACUGCUGUUAAGCACACGCAGUGCCGUGGAUUAUGUAUGUACCUGCACUGCUGUUAAGCACACGCAGUGCCGUGGCUUAUGUCUGUACCUGUACUGCUGUUGUACACUGAGAUUGUUUAGGUUAAUCACAGGAAGGGAAUAUCUGAAUGUACACACAUGUGCACCUGGGUGGUACAUAAAAAGUGUUAUGUUUGGAAAGGUGCAAGCUGCGAUUGCUUUGCUUUAAAACUGGUAAAUUCUUGUAACAGGAGAAGACUGGGUUAACUGAAAGACUCAGUUAUGCUGGUUAUCUUGCUAAGAAGAGCUGCUUCGAGUGAGUGAGCAGAUUGCACAGGUUCAGCAGUCACAGCUCACUAGGAAGUGCAGUGUAUUUCAGCUGAAGCGAGAACUAGGAAGUGCAGUGUAUUUCAGCUGAAGCGAGAUGGUCUUUUAAGUGCCCCUCCUCUUUGGUGACAGAUGUAGGGUGGGCAACAACUGGUCAUUUCAUAGGUGACUAAAGGGAGAGUUAUGUUAAUGUGGAAAGUGUCAUGCGUCCAUAUUGUGCCUUACUUUUCUGAACUGGGAAGUAGCGAGUAACACCAGGGGAAACGCUUCAUUCCUGUUUUCCUUACUGUUCUAGACAGGGCAUGUCAGCAUCCGACAAACUAGUGCUAGAGGUUCUUGUCAAAAGGCAGGUCACUGGGGGAGGAAACAGAGCUCUACAUUCUUUAGUGUUAAAAGUUUAACUUGUUAAUUUCUUAGUUUCAUUUUUUUUAUUAAAACUAAAUAAUAUAUCAUAGAUA